UGACGGUUGUAAAGGCCGAGAACAACAGGGGGAGGUCUUCCCUCGCAGUUUUAAAUCUGUGACAGUUUUUUGACAAAGCCCAACAAUGUCAACCGAUUUAGCGGCCAGAAUACAAGAGGAUCACCUCACCUGCCAAAUAUGUUUCCAAGCGUUCACAAAGCCAAAAGCGCUGCCGUGCCUACAUACAUUCUGUGAAGAAUGCCUUCGGGAUUAUACAGUAAGUCGCAGUUACGACACCGUGGGGCAGUUCCAAUGUCCCAUGUGUAGGAAAGCGAUCGACAUCCCGCCGGGCGGGGUUUCCAAUUUCCAGGAUAAUCAUUUAGUCCAGAGUUUGUCCCAUACAGUUGUCGGCCCGGAGAUUGCCGGUGCUACUAGAAUCCAAGCUGAAGGGAGCGAUGUAGACCCCAGUUUUCGCCCAAUCCCAGCACCUAGGAAAUCAAAACUCAAACCAGAGCCAGAGGUUGAAAAUGAACCCGAGCUGAAGCCACCACCGCCUUAUCCAGUGCCACCCCCACUUAACCUGCCUACCCCACUACCCUCAACAGGCUUUUACCCAGAGCUUCCAGCUCUAAGCCCAACAUCACCCCAGCCCCUUCAAAGACCUGUUAUUGCAUGUAGCAAUGGACUUGUUGAACAAAUCGGUAAAUACGGUCCUUCCCGGAUGGACUUUCAACGCCCAAAGGGACUUGCUGUGGGCUUGAAAAAUGAAAUAAUUGUUUCGGAUUUGGGUGGGAAUAGAAUAUUUGUGUACAGCCAUGGUGGUCAUUUACAAUGCUAUUUUGAAUGUGACUGUGUGGUUCAUGACUUGACAGUUACACCGAGAGGUACGAUACUGGUAGCUGUGAACAAAGCCAAGUCUGCAAUCAUGAGAGAGUACUCCCUGACCGGUCGUCUGAUUGCAAGCUAUGGGAAUUACUACAAGUUUGAAAAUCCCAGCGGCAUCGCGCUGAAUUCUGAAGGGUUUUCAGUCGUCACUUGCCUGGACAGUUGCGUCAUGUAUAUCUUCACAGAUCAGAAAAAAAUGUCGCAGAAGGUUGGCAGUAAAGGGAGUGGGAACGACCACUUUUUGUCUCCGUAUCACGUCGCCGUGAACAACAAGGAUCAGAUUUUUGUCUCGGACUGUGGUAAUAAUUGUAUCAAAAUGUUCAGCAAAGGUGGUAAGUUCAAGAUGAGUAUAGGGCGUGAGGGAUCGGGGCCAGGAGAAUUGAAGGCCCCCCUAGGAAUCUGUUCAAAUGUUGACGGGUAUAUCAUUGUCGCAGACAGCGGAAACAGCCGUGUACAGGUUUUCAAUCAAAAGGGACAAUACUAUUGUGUUCCAGUUCAACACACAGAGAAAAUCGGAGCCGAGGUUAAACCCACAAAUGUUGCAGUGACGUCUCACAAUAAUCUUGUUGUGCUGUUGUCAGGAAAGCAGUUUGCGGAAGUUCGAGUGUAUUCGUUCAAGUCAGAAAAUGGAGUGUACUGUUCCACCUGCUAUGUUCAAUAAGAGAAACUUCUGCUCCAGCCAAUUAGAAGUACAGAGUAUUUUUGUUAACUAAUGCUUUAUUUCAGUUUUGGACUUUUUUUUUCACAUUCAUGAACUCAAAAUGUUAAUGUACAAAGUAGGAGUUAGACUAUGUAGUCUUCAAGUUUAACUAUGAUUCAUGUAGUUCGGUCACUGGUACAUUUUCUAGACUGAAAUGAACCAGUGUCGCAGUUGAAUUUCAGUUAUAUGUGCAAUCAUGCAGAAUUUUAAAAUGUUAAGUGGUGGAAGUGAAAUAUUUCUAAUUUUAUUGUAAAAACAUAAUCUUGACAAGGAUUUCCAUUUGGUUUGCAAUAACUGAGCAAAACAAAUGUACUUGUAAUUUAAUUAACAUGAUGCCAUUGAGAAAAGAAGCUUCAGUGUGAGACUUUUUUGUGUGUAUGUACAUGUAGAUAUAUAACUUCGAUACAUGUACUCUGCCCAGUUUUUAGUGGUGAAUACCAAGUUUCACUACAUAUUCUUAGUGAAAAUUGCCAUUCAUUCAGAAAUCUGCAGUUAGUUUUUGUUUGAGUCGGUUAUUUCAUAUGCCGGACAGAAUGAAUGUUAUACUCUAAAUAAAAAGCAAAAUUAUUACUGUAUCAUUGGAUUCCGAAAACUAAGCCAAAUGUAGAAGGAAACACCAAUAACAGGGAGCACUUGUACACGUGUAACAUUGUAAAAUGUAUUGGUACAUUCUCUUGUUAUGUCACAGUUUAAAGUAGUGUCAAGCAGUAGCAUGUAUCAAUUCAAUUUAUCAUAUUUAAAGUUGUCUGUUUAUUUAUCUGUCAGAAAUGAAAAUGGCCCUUCUUGAAACAUGAUUUGUCUAUCUUCAACAUAAUCCUCACAAAUUCAGAGGGCGUUUCAAUAAAAAAAUUAGUAGAAUGUAAAUCAAAAUUGAAAAACAAAAGCCCUUACAAACAUGUACACAAUACUAGGCAUGAGUUGAUGUCUUUGUUAACUUCGUUAACGUGUGACCUAAAACUGUAUGGGAAUGCCUUAUCAUAAACCCGCAGUUGGAUUUUAUGCAAUGGUACCUAAUUGAUACCAACACUACGUUGCCAAUGUAGCAAGUUUUAUUAUGAGGGUCUGUGUAAUAUGUACAAUAAUGUACAUGCUAAUGUUAUCAAUAAAUUAUUUUUAUAUUUUAAUCCCAUGCCAUUUAAAUGGGAGAGUAACUGCAAGGGAGAUGAUUUAGUGUGGCGGUAACUCCCUAUAAGACAGCAUAAACAUAACAAAAAAGUCACACGCACAUAUGUAUGUUGAUGCAGUGACAAUAUUUUUCAAAUAUAAUUAAAAUCACACAAAAAAAGUGGUUGGAUGGACGGACAGACUGAACACCACGUCCUAAUGCAAACACAUGUAUACAUGUACCUACAAGCACAUAGCUGUGGGAAAAAAAUAAAUAAACAAAGGGAGAGAAGAGUGUAUUGUAAACAAUCUUUCUGUCCGAAGAAGUCUAAAUGUCUAUUUAAGAAUUUAUUUCUUUACUUAUGUCUGUCUCCGUUUUAUUGUGUUUUUGAAAUAAAUUUCCUUCCAAUUAUGUGUUGAUAAUUAGUGCUACACAUGUAUGUACAUUUCUGCACACUUUUCAGUUUUCUGUUUGCUAUUUAAUAAUUUAUUUAAAUUUAUGCACUUUCAUUUACAUUAUAAUACAUUUACAAUUUUACUUGCAAGAUCAGUUGUUAAUUUGAAGUAUUUUAUAUUGGCUUCACUUUCGUGUAGCGUUUGUCUUAAAUUGGCCUUGAAUGAUCAGCAUUAUAUAUGUAUGACACCCAAAAGAUAUAACAUAUUUUCCUUUUUUAUUUGUGAUUUCUUGAAAUACAGUAACCCUCCAUCUUUAAUACAAGAUACAUUUUUUCAGUGAGUUCAGUAACAUGGGUACAUUCUGGGAACUUUGUCAGAGGUGCAAGGAUGGGUUGAAAAGUGAGAUUGUUUUCAGAGAUCAAAGUAUUUGGUCAUUCACUUGUUUCCAAGAGCUCAAAGAAAAAUGAUGACCUCAAAUGAAGUCCAGGACUUCACACUGAUGAUUUAUGCAAAUAUUCAUAAUAUUCAUUCAGACACUGUUGUACUUUUCUGCUGCCAUUAUAUUUUACAAUCUUGCUAAAUGGAAAGCUUAGCAUAUCAAAACAUUUUGAGACGUACUUUUAAUAGACUGGAUGUUUUUUUUCUUCUUCUGAUGUAAGAAGACUGCAAGUCCAAAUUUUGUAUAUUGCCUGUGACAACUCUGGUGUGCAGUGUUGGUGUGUUUUUAUUGUCUGUCAUUUUAGUGAACUGUAUAAGAAUAAUCAAUACACAUGCGAUCAGUUUUAUACAAAAUAUUUUAUAAGUGUUUAGUAGAUAACCUGUAAAUAUCUCCAGCUUGGCUCAUGCUCUUUGGUUAUGUUUGUAUACCGAACUUUGUCUGUGUUUGCUACAAUGUGGGAAUAUCUCCAUGAUUGAGCAACAAAAAAUUCGUCCAAUGGCUUCAAAAGACAUGUGUACUGCUUUUUUGAUGAAAAAGACAUGUGUACUGCUUUUUUGAUGAAAAAGACGUGUACUGCUUUUUUGAUGAAAAAGACAUGUACUGCUUUUUUGAUGAAAAAGACAUGUGUACUGCUUUUUUGAUGAAAAAGACGUGUACUGCUUUUUUGAUGAAAAUUUUCAAAGUGUAUAUAACAGGUCAGUACAUAUAUUGUCUUGAAAUGAAAGAAGAAAGCUCUAAUUUUUGUGGUACAAAAGGCAAUAAUCAGGAGGCUUUGUGAAGUGACAAAACAUCACCAAGUAUUUGUAUAUUUUAAUGUUCACGUGUGUUCGUUUGUGACACUCUGGCGGGGAGAAUUCUGAUUUAAAUCAGAUUAUGUUUAACUUAACAAGUUACUGCAUUCACUUCAGAAAACCACAUAUAUCAGUAAUGAAGAGGAACUUACGAAAAUGUGUGGUGGUUAUGGUGAUGUGGAAAUACAGUGUAACCAUAAUUACAGGCAGUAAGUUUUGCACAGGCAUACUCAUAAAAAGCCAACAACUCAUCAUGGGGUUUGUCUGCAGUGAGUUUGUGGAAUGCAUUUAGCUCACCAGGGGUUUGCCUGCAGUGAACUUGUGGAAUACCAGUGGUGAAGCAAUGGCUUGUGACUGAGAAAUGGGAGUCUGGUUGGCUGCAUGGUUCUCAGUAUUGCCAGCAAAAAGCAUGCCUCAAUCACAAGCAGAGGAAAGUUAAUGGGAAGCAAUACUGAGUUACGGCCAAGAUAGGAUUAGUGCGAUCUGGACGUCACCUAAGGAAGGAUAACUCAAUGGUAUAAUCCACUGGGCUCUAUCAUUGAGUAGUUGGUUGUAUCACUCAGUUAUCUUUCCUUAGACAACAUCUAGGUGGCGCUGGGCUAUCUUGUCUUGGGUCAUAAUGCAGUAGUCUUCACCACUGUGCUGACACCUA